CACAGCGCAUUCUGCCAAACAACUUUAGCUCGAAUCUCCAGUCUAGCUCCGGACAUCAGCGUAGAUGGUGGAGCUUUUGCAGUGAUUAGGAGAUAUCCCGUCGUCGUGCGCGCUCGAAACAUUGAAGACACUUUGUGUGUUGGCGGUGGCGGUACAGCAUCCCUUCGGUGCGCCAUUGAAGUGAAGUGAAGUGGAAUCGGUUUUGUGCUCCGCGUCAGAAGGUCUCUAAUGUCGAUUUGUGCUGGCGUUUUGGUUCAUCCCCGCUCAGCCCCUGACCAGCGUCAGCGUGUUGCAGUGUGUGCCAAGUGUACCAAUGAUCUGAACGUGUUCGGUGCAAUGGAGAGAUGUCCUCCUCGCAUUCUUGUGCUUGGCAGUGCCAAUUGAUAUUUGAUAGGAAAUAAUGGUUGGAAACGUAAAACGUUUCAAGUAAAGUGUUGGUCCAGCGAAACGGCCAUUCUCCAAUUGUAUUGAACUGCGCGUUCCUUCAAACACCGUUCCGAAGUAGGACAUCACAAAAUGACAGACACUAAUCGCAGCAAACAGAGCUAUCUGCACAAACACAACGGAAAGAUCGAUCCGCAAUCAGUGCAAUCCCCACCGGGACAGCUCUCGACAGGCUCGAACACUACCGAACAUGGCCGUGCAGCCAGCCAUACCGGGGGUUCCCUGAAACGUAACAAUAGUCAUCAUCAGCGAUUGAAAAAAUCAAACACAAGCACCCUUGAACGAACCUCUAAUGGUGGCCCCGUGGAGUACGGAGCGGAUCGAACUGGUGGCAGCUUCAGCCAUCAUCAUCAUCAGCAACAGCAACAACAGACCGGAACGACCGCUACGAGAUCCGGCGCCGGUUCCAGUCUAGCCAAGAGCUGGUCGAAAACAUCCAGCAGCAGCACCUCGCAAUCCACAUCGCAUGGUCCGGCGGAGCAAACAUCACACCCACUGGACACAGCGGCCAGCAGUGGUCGACCUCCGGGGACAAAUUUAACACCCACCGUCGUCAAAACGGAAGCAUCGCUCAGUGACGAUUUUAAACGCUUCCACACACUACGCAACAGCUACGGCGGCAAAUCCAAUUUAAAUGUAAAUAACACCGACCAAACGAUAAAAUCGCAGGUCCUGCUUCACCAGCAAAAGCUGCGAGAGUACUCGCGACAACUUCCAGCACAGCAACAACAGCCGCACCAUGACAACGAUAGCUACUCAACCUGCUCCUCGUCUCAGUCGGACUACCAGCAUCCCCAGCAACCGCAGCAUCAUCAGCAGCAGCACCAUCGCCACAAGCAUCACACACACUAUCGUGUGCAUCACCAUCAACACCAUCAGCAGCAGCAACAGCAGCAACAUCCCAAUGUCCAGCUGGCUCAGACCAUCUACCCCAUCUCUGCCACGGUCGCCGCAACUGCCACAUUGACACGCGCUGGCGGUGGUGGUUCGAUAUUGAAAAAUGCCAACAGCAGCACCAACCAUCAGGACCCGGUCGGUAGCCGGAACAGCCUCAAACGAGGUCCGGGUGGAUUAAGCACGCUGUCACUCUGCAGCUGCGACGCGGAAACGGAGAUAAUACCGAAUCCAUUAAGGCCAUUAUAUCAGUACAGCCUGGACAGGAGAAAUCCUCGCCAACACACCUACACGUGCGAGCAGAACGCACAGAUUCUGCUGCGACUGGAAAAGGACCGUCAGAAGAAGUUCGGCUCCAUGGGAAAGUUGCAUCUCACCACAUCAACCGGCGACUUGAGUGUAGCACCCGCAGCGAUGCAACGACACUCGAGCAUUACGGGUGCAUCCGUACCGACCUCUUCCGUUUCGACUCCCACUCCAACGCCUCCUCCGCCGGCUGCUCCCACUGGGCCAGCCGGAAAAGUCAGCGGAAAUGCGUGUAAGGUGGCCGCCAACGUGCUCACAUUCGACUGCCAGCAUGGAUCGUACUCUCGGGGUGAUAAUUAUACGGAGGACGACUCGUACAGUGAAGACAUGAUACCACCUCCUCCACCGCCACUACUCAACCGACGCCCUUCCUACGGAUACGGCUGUGUGGUGCAGCAACCUGUUGCAUCCGGACCGGAACCGACACACGCAGACCAGCAGCCGAUGUACGACCCGACCGCCCAGCCCACCAUACCACCCGCCAACGUCGACGUGUACUGUCGUGAAGUGGACGGACUGAUUGGAACUAUGAAUCAGCCGGAUCUCUUCAACUUUGCCUCCAACGCAAACGGCUCGUUGAGUGGGACACUAAAGUCAACAUUGAAAUCCGCCAAAUCGUCGACAAACGGUAAAACAACUUCCGGCUCAUUGCCCAUGCCCGCCGAUGGCAAGUCGAAGCUGAACGACCCACUUCCCGUUAUGAUGGUGGACCUGAUGAACGGUAACGGAACGGUCGCGCCACCGCUUCCGAAUGGAACUGACCCGACCGGCACGAAGCCAUAUCCGCCUUACUAUUUCGAUGAUAAUUAUCUGCAUCACCACUACUACUACCGGAAUGGGGAGACCGGUGCGGAUGUGCCACUGAAGGACGCUGGGCUGGAUGCAGCGGGGCAGAUGUAUCUCUACCAUCAGCACCAUCACCAUCCGGACGCGGUCCCCGCUGGCUACAUUACCAACUACGAUGCGCUGAAUCUUCCCGCGAAGUACAACACAAUCGGAGCAAAUGGAGAUUUACCACUGGCGGGACACUUUUCCGGGCUGGCGGGAGGCGGUGUCGGUCACCAUGCAAGUUCCUGCAACAUCAAUCAGUACUCGGGCUCGACCAAAAGCAACCUCAUCGCAUCGCACAACCAUCACUUCUCCAACUCGAUCAGCAACUUCAACUUUAAUCCCUCGCAGUACUUUGGUUCGGCGCUGGACCCUCCGCCCGGGACGACCAUCAUUCCUGGCGGCGUGAUGGGAGGGGUGAUGGGGGGUGGUGAUGGGUUUCCUUCGUCCUGCAGCCUUAACGGAACGCCCAACAAACAGCAGCCGCAUCCGUGGAAACAUCGCCAGUGUCCGAGUCGAGGUUCGAGCAGUACCGGUUCCGGAUCAUCAAAGUGGGAUCUUCCUUCGAGACAGUGGCUAGCGGUGACCUCCAUACUUCUGAUUGCCGGAGCAGCCGGAGUAGCCGUCCCAUUGGCACUCAAGGUUUCGUCCGGUGCGCCCCUCGAGGAGCGGAUGCAGGUCGCUACCCAGCUGCUCGACACAGUGCCUUUAAUCGAUGGUCACAACGAUCUACCGUGGAACAUACGGAAAUUCCUUCACAAUCAGCUAAACGAUUUUCGAUUCGACGAUGAUCUCAAGACGAUACUGCCCUGGUCGAAGAGUGCCUGGAGUCAUACGGAUUUGCAACGGCUUAAGCGUGGUCGAAUUUCUGCUCAGUUUUGGGCAGCGUACGUGCCCUGCGAAGCACAACACAAGGAUGCAGUUCAAAUCACGCUAGAACAGAUCGAUGUAAUUAAAAGACUGACAGAACGCUACUCUCCUCAUCUGACAUCCUGUGCAUCCACGUUCGAUAUCAUACAGGCGCACAAAAACCGUCAAAUGUGUUCAUUAAUCGGUGUGGAGGGUGGCCACUCGCUCGGCGGUUCGCUCGGUGUGCUGCGCAUCUACUACGCCCUCGGCGUACGGUACAUGACGCUCACCUCCACCUGCCACACCCCGUGGGCCGACUCGAGCAAUGCGGAUGCACCGAAGUAUGACAUCCGACACGGUGGACUAACGGCUUACGGCAAGACGAUCGUUCGCGAAAUGAACCGCCUCGGCAUGAUAGUGGACCUAUCGAAGUCGUCCGUCGGUACGAUGAAGGAUGUACUGGCGACCUCGCAGGCACCGGUCAUCUUUUCCCACUCGUCCGCUCACGCACUGUGCAACUCGAGCCGGAACGUGCAGGACGAGGUGCUCGAGCUGGUGACGAAAAAUCGCGGCCUGGUGAUGGUAAACUUUUACAACAAGUUCCUGCGGUGCAGCGAUAACGCCUCGGUGCAGGAUGCAGUGGCACACAUAAAUCACAUCAGACGAAUCGCUGGCGUAGACCACGUUGGAUUAGGUGCCGGCUAUGAUGGAAUUAAUUUCACACCCCACGAUCUGGAGGACGUUUCGAGCUAUCCGCGCCUGUUUGCCGAGCUGCUGGGCGAUGGGUGGACGCUGGAGGAGCUGGAAAAGCUGGCCGGCCGGAACUUGCUGCGGGUGUUCGAGGAGGUGGAAAAGGUGCGCGAGAAUCAGCGCCUGUCCGGCGUUCGGCCGUACGAGGAAAUUCCCCCGGUGGUGCGACCGGAGGAGCACGCGAACUGCUCCACCAACAGUUAAUGGGAUGUCCCACCCACGGCGACCCACGGAACUUCCGGUGAAUGAACGCGUCACGGGUGAUAUUUUGCAGUGGUGCCAAUACUGGUGGACUGGUUAGGAAAAUGUUUUCAAAUGCGAGGAAAAUCCUAUUGAAAUGCCUUUUUGGAAGGAGAAAUACGUAGAAAACAGGUUCCCAAAGGUAAGCUGCUCCUUCAAGCAUUCCCAAGUAGAUGAUAAAAACCGGUUAAGAACGGUAGCGAGAAAGAAUGCACCUUCAAGGUGUGCGGCGAGUGAAAAAAAUGGAACAUUUAAUAAGCGUCUUCGUUCAAGGAAGACUGGAAUGGAAAACGGGGCAUGCUUUUGUUUUUGAGGUGGAAAAAUUAUGUACACAUUAUUAUUCAUUCUGCUGCAUAUUAGAGCUCAGAUAACGUGUAGGAGAUUCCCUCUAGAACACGGUUGCAUCCCGGUAGAGC